AUGAAGGAGGCUGAGAGUUUCGUGUCCAGAGCCUAUGUCACGCUCGCUCCUGGUGUAACAGAAUCUGUCAGGGCAGACUUCAUGCGGGCCAUCAAGGCGGCCUUGCUGUGCAGCUGCUUCUCAUCCACCUUUCUGGUUCCGGAGCUGGUGGUGCUGCAGAAUGGCAUAAUCACUGUACCUCCGGCAGGCGCUGCCCGCCGCCCCCGCCCCCUCGCCGUGGGGACCCCCAAGCCCCCACCCGGCCCUCACCCCCCUCUCUCGCUUCCCUUGCAGGCUCCAGCUGAAGGCGAGGCGAAGGAGGAGCCAAAGAGAAGGUCGGCUAGACUAUCCGCUAAACCUGCUCCGCCUAAACCGGAGCCAAAGCCCAAAAAGGCAGCACCCAAGAAAGAAAAGGCAGCAAAUGAUAAAAAGGAGGACAAAAAGGCAGCAACAAAAGGGAAGAAAGGAGCCAAAGGCAAAGAUGAAACUAAACAAGAGGAUGCUAAAGAAGAAAACCACUCUGAAAAUGGAGAUACCAAAACUAACGAGGCACCAGCUGCUGAAGCAUCUGAUGAUAAGGAAGCCAAGUCCGAGUAAUGUUAACCCUGCCCUAUAUCUCCAUCAUUUGGUAUCCGUACCUCCAUGCUGUAUUGUUAACAGAGAGGAAUAUUUUUAUCAACUAUUUUAUAAAUGCAGGUUUUUUUAGCAUGAAUUUAAUUAUGGAACAUCUUCAUCUCGGUUACUUGGGAAUUAAAUCCCUAACAAACAAAGCAAAACAAAAAAAAAUCAUUGUUUUUAAAUUUUGUGAUUGUAAUAGUUUGUAUGGUACAUGGAAAGAAUAAGUGGUGGUAGCUUUUGACUUCUGUCAGUGUGUCCCUUUUUGUGUAAGUCAUGCUUACAGACUUCAGAUUUUAAUUUUACCCUUGUAUGUGUUGUAUGGUUUCUUAAAGUGGGGAGGUCUCAAAACAAAUAACUGUGUUAAACAUUCCAGUGGUUCUGUGGGUUGCUUUUAUAAAGAAGGUGAGCUAUUUUCAUGAAAAACCUAAGAGCUGGAAAUCUGUUGUUUCCCAAAUGUAAUUUUAUUUUGUCAGUUUUGAAAAAAAAAAUAAAUAAAUAAAAGUGUAAUCAUGUUUUUAAAUGAAAUACAAACAUUUCUUUUAAAAGGGCAGGUCGGUUGUAUGUACCCACUGUUAGGAAUUUUGCUGGAUUUAUCUUAAUAAAAAAGACUCCUCAAAAGCUGA